AAUGCAGUGUGAUACCGGAAGUACGCCUUGUAAAACCAACUACUUGAUAAUUCCGCCAAGGGUGAGAAGCCAACAACAAAAGUCGUUUUUAAGUUUAGAAUAUCAAGAUGGGAACUACAGCAAGUCAACUUGGUAAGGAUUUGCUUUCAGAAUACCAAGAGCUGACAUUUUUGACAAAACAAGAAAUUCUUCUUGCUCACAAGAGAUUCACUGAACUGCUCACGAAAGAUGAGAAAGAUCUUCCAAGCGUAAGAGUAUCGAUGGGAAGGAUUCUUGCUCUGCCAGAGCUAAAGUCAAACCCUUUCAGGAAACGAAUCUGCCAUGUUUUCUCCACAUCUGAGCUGAAAGAUGGAAGCCUGACAUUUGAGGACUUCCUCGACCUCUUGAGUGCCUUCAGCGACUCUGCUACCUUGGAAAUCAAAUCCCACUAUGCAUUCCGUAUAUUUGACUUUGACGAUGAUGGAACUCUUGAUUGUGGCGAUCUGGAGAAGCUUGUUAAUUGCCUGACUGGUGAGACAGAUGACACAAGACUAACGACUGAAGAAAUGAGGCAGCUCAUUGGCAAUAUUCUUGAAGAGUCUGACAUUGACAAAGAUGGAACUGUGAACCUCUCAGAGUUUCAGCAUGUCAUCUCAAGAUCACCAGAUUUUGUCAGUUCUUUCAAGAUUGUGCUGUGAAGACCUCUAGCAGGAUGUGGAAAAGCAUCACCCGAUAAAUCUCAUUGUGUUUAAUUUUCAAGUAGAAUAAUUUUUAGAUAUUUGCCUUAAAUUAUAUUUACAUGUACUGCCUUGUCAUGAAUUGUUUGUGAAAUAUAAAUCUGUAUUUUUUUUAAAUUUCUUUAAAGAAAAUUAAAAAUAUUUCCAAAAACA